AAAAGAGAGUCGCAACCUCUUAUCUUGAAACCUUCUGGAUCUCACUUGAUUCUCGACUUUGGUGAUACUUUCGUACACUUUUGAGCUGGGUGGUGCAAUGAUUCUUUGCGCAAAAGGAUAUCUAGUAGAAUCUACCUUUGAUCACAACUUCCCUGGUUAAAGGCCCGUUUUCCGGGACCUCUUUACGGUCUCACCAUCACCUUCCCUGAGCAUCAUCUGUGUCUUUUCGAAGGUGCUUAUUGGAUUAGUUCUGGACGACGGUCGGCGCACAACGAGCAAAUUCUACGAGAGCAACACCUCCAACUCCAAACCACCCGCCCCGCAACUUUACUGAUUCCAUUGUUCGACUUCCACCCUAUUGUCACCACUUUUGUCACCACGGGUGAGACCCACUUUCAGUCAUCAUGGAGCUUCAAAUAUCUACCGGCCCAUUUCGGAGGAACGGUCCUCGUCCUCUUCUCGACAUGGCUCUUGAUGUCGCAAUCAGAAACAUUCAAGACAUCCCAAGCUUAGGAGACAUGCCUACCCACCUCUUGCAGCCGGUCCUCAGGGCCGUGAAGACCGCCGAGCACCUUCACACCCUCGAGCAGGAGACAGAUGAGCGGAUCUACGAAGUCUCACCAUCUCAUUGGAAGCAUCUUAUCGAGCGCGACUUCAAAACGCUUGCUGCUCAGUAUAGUUGGCAGCCAAAGGACCCAAAGUCUUGGUACAAAGUCUACAAGAAGUACGAGACGGUCUACAACCAACAGCUCGAAGAGGCUACCAAUGCCUUCAUGAAGAAAAUGGAAGAUGUCAAUGGCCAGCGUUCCUCCCGUCAAGCCAAGAUUAUCUCUGUUCCUGAAUCUCGCCGACUGCCUCUUCACUAUUCGCAACGCCAACGCGAGGGUCCCAAAGCCGGCCACUGGUCCUCUCAGCCUCGCCCGAAGAAGACCUUCAUUGCUAAGGCCAAGAGGCAAGUCGCCGCUGAGACCAGUCGUCUGAAGCUCUCCAACCCCGCUGGCCGCAUUCCUGUCAGGCAAAGCCAAAUCAGACAGGCACCAAUUGCCAUGCAGAACGACGCUCGUAUCAAUCGCCAGUUCGACGCCGCUGCCACCAUUGUCAACGCCCCAAUCAGAAAGGCCUCUGACACCACAGCCAGUGAUCGUGACCGCAAAGAACGCGAGAACCGGCUCCUUUCAAUCAAGGGCAAGGGCACCGCCAUCGCCAAACCAGCCAACAUCAUCUCCUUGAGCGAUGAUGAAGACGACCACAUCCCCAGCAAUGGGGGUGACGACCUGUUUGGUGAUGACGAACCCGCCAGUCCUCCCCAGCGUGGAGGCCUGUCUGUGGAGGAACUCGAAGCCGCGGUGGAGAGGGUCGUUUCUCCCAAGAAACAACCCGUCGCCAGACCCCGUGGUCUUCUCUCUGCGACGCCUGGCGCCAUCAAGGCACCCGUGGCGGCCCGCUCGCCACCAAAGUCGUUCACUGGCGAGACCUCGCCUGCACCCGCGCCUGCGGGUGCGGGCAACUCGCCUGCUGUCGGCUCUAGGGGGCCCGCUGCUCCUAUCGUCCGCAAGCGCAAGCCUGUGGAUAUUUUCAUGCGUCCGAGCAAGCGGGUCCCCCGUUAGGGAACGUAGAAGGGAUGGAUUUUGUGGGGGAAUUCGAAUUUUGGGAUUUGCAUGGAAAUCAGCGAGGAUGGUUGGCAUUUUCAACAGGCGUUGAGAUGGUUUUUUAAGCUUGAUACAAGCAGAUAACCGAGAUUAAGCGGUGGUUAUCUGGAAAUUGGUGUACGAUGGAGGGACGAAUGGAAUGAUUUUUACACGGGCAUGACCUAUGCUUAUAUGAUGUGUACGAUGAUCGAUUGAAUGGAUGGGCUUUUAUACGGGGCUUUACUUCUGCUUAUAUAUCGUUUUUAAGUGAUGGGUUUUCCAAGACUCGAAUUACUUCUGAUCAUGU